AUGCAUUCCAACCUGCUUGAGUACGCCUGGGACACACAUCGAUUACAGAUGCAUUCCAACCUGCUUGAGUACGCCUGGGACACACAUCGAUGUUAUGUGGAGAAAUACUGUCGGGAAGUGCAGAGCGUUCUCUUUCUAGGCAUGAACCCAGGGCCUUUUGGCAUGGCACAAACAGGGGUACCGUUUGGUGAGGUGAAGGCAGUUCGCAGUUGGUUGAAGAUCACUGGAGCAGUCGGCCGUCCAGCAGAGGAACAACGGAUCACAGGCCUCGACUGCACUCAGAGUGAAGUGAGCGGGGCCCGUUUCUGGGGCUUUUUCCAAGAGCUCUGCGGUGAAACUCACAACUUCUUCCGCCACUGUUUUGUGCACAACUUGUGCCCUCUCAUCUUCAUGAGUGAGUCUGGCAAGAACCUAACUCCAACUGAGCUCCCGGCCGCGAAGCGUGAUGCCCUUUUGUCCUGCUGUGACAGUGCUCUCUGUCAGGUGGUCACAGCACUGGGGGUCUCCAUGGUGAUCGGAGUGGGCAAGCUAGCUGAGCAGCGCGCUCGACGAGCUCUUGCAGAAGCAGGUAUCACGGUGAGAGUGGAGGGUAUCAUGCAUCCGUCCCCUAGAAACCCACUGGCUAAUAAAGGGUGGGCAAACAUAGUCAGAGACAAACUAGAUCAUCUGGGGGUGUUAAGUUUGCUUGCCAGUUGAUGAUGAUGAUGACGAUGACAGUUACUACCUCUGCAUUUUAAAAUU